AUGCUGAACGACAAGUACAGAAUUGUUUUAAGGACAAAGGAGCAGAACCAUGUUGGAUCAGUCAUACAAAGGUUGAUCAGGAGGUCAAAGAUCGGAUGCGCUAUCACGUGUAACUUGCCCCAAUGUCUGUCGUUCUCUUACAACUCUGUCACACGAGAAUGCAAGACUUAUGGGGAUGAAAUUUGUUACCAUGACGACGGUGCUAUGUCAUCUUCACUAACAUUCUACGUAAGGAAUGUGAAGAGUCUACUUGGAGUUGUGAGCCACUGUGGAAAAAUUCCUUUACGUUACUGUUCAGCUGUUUUCACGGUAUAUCCAUCUCAGGCAAUGGCAUUUGGAAUUUACUGUGACAUGGACACUGCUGGCGGACCAUGGACAAUAGUUGCCAACAGAUACGACGGGUCUCAAGAUUUUUACCAGCCAUGGGACAAAUAUAAACAAGGUUUUGGAAAUUUGACAGGAGAGUACUGGAUAGGUUUUCAGAAAUAUACAUUUCUUCAGACGUUAAAUCUAAAGAUGAGGAUUGAAAUGGGUGGAUGGGAUGGCUCUUUGAAACACGUAGAGUACACGUCUAUGACCGUCGCUCCAGAGUCAUUGUACUAUGCCUUGUUUUACACGGGAUUCAGUUCUCCUCAUGGGUUAGUGGACAAUCUUGCAUUUCACAAGAAUCAAAACUUCUCUACUUAUGAUAAAGAUCAUGACCGCUUUCCGAACACCAACUGUCCUUCCUCGGCCAGAGGAGCUUGGUGGUACAAUGCCUGUUACGAUUCUAAUCUUUUUGGGCUGUACUCAGAAUCCAAUGGAUUCAAAUCCAUGGUGUGGAAAUAUUUCUAUGAUGACGGAGAGAAGUACUCAGCCAUCAAAUCAUUAAGGAUGAUGUUGGCCACUCCAUAG